UGUUGCUUGUUGCUUGCUUGCAUGCACGUUCACUGUGUUGCUGCGGUUGUGUUGCUGUGUGCGUGUGUCUUUGCCUUUUCUCUCCCUCUUCUCCUUCUCCUUCUCCCUCUUCUCUCCUUCUUCUCUUGUCUUUCUCUUGCUUCUUGCUUGUUGUCUGGCAAACGUGGCUGUCUCCACUUGUUCCCCUUCCUUCUCGCCCACCUUAUAUGCCCUGCACUCCUGUGCGCUUUGCCAAGUGAUCCUCGCCAUCUGCACGACAACCCCUUCUGUUCCCUGCAACCACACACGGGCAACGGCCAGAACAAAAGCACCUUCACCACGCACCACCUCGGCGACACCACGCGUUGGAAAGCGACGACCCCUCCUUGGUUGCCUGCGGUGCUCCUCGUUUCGCACCCCCCCCCCUUUGUUCUUGUUCUCCUCCCUUGUUCUCCUCCUUCCUUGUUCUUCUUCUUCUCGGUGAAAUGGACGUUGACCCCAUUCUACAGGCGGUUGCACCGCAAGAGCUGUCCACACACAUCCAUCGGCAGUGCUCUGGCAACAGCAUCACCAUCGCUCCGUUGUCACCUCUCCCGCAAUCUUCACAUCCACUACAGCAACAACAACUCCAACACCCGGACAGUGCUCACCUGCACCAGCAAGGCUGUCGGGCCGCUGACACGGGUGCGCCUCCUCGUCGCGUCGUGCAACCGCUGGUGCCUGCGUCGCCACCGCUCUCGCCGCCCUCGUGCAUUGUGACGAUGGCCGAUCCACCGCACACAACAACACUCACAUCCACCACCACCCCUGCGGCGACAAAGACACCCUCACCUACCCCAAGUUUCACCGACCAAAACGGGCGGCCAAAGCCUUCCCCGCACCACCACCACCAGCAGCACCAGCACCACCAGAACCUCCGGCAUCCUGCCUUGCACACCGACACGCGUGCGUUGCCGGCAUGGCAGGAGGACGCGCAGGUCGCGGAGGCGAGUGAUGGCGCCCACGACAGCUCGCUUUCCUCCGCGUACACCUCGGGAUCAUCACCCUCAUCCUCGUCAAACUCUUCAAACUCGUCUGCAGCAUCCUCCAUGCUGCCAUCCCCGACAUCCAUCUCCCGCUCCUCCUCAACUUUUCUGCAUCGUCAGCGACGACCACCUGGGGAACAGGAGCAAGGACCUGCACAGCAGCAACGACAACAGCACGCGCAACAGCCCGCGGCAUCCCACACUGAGACCACCACAACUGCGACCACCACAACUGCCACGGCCGCGACCACGUCCGACACGUCCAACGCACUCCACCAGUCCCCACAACCGCCGCCGGUGGUGGAAGCCCACGCAUUUCGGGGUCACAUCUACCAUCAGGCGCCCAUGCAGCCGCACAUGCCGCUGCAGGACCGCCCAGCCCUCGCGCGUGUGCCCAUCGGACAGCACCCGUUUGUGGGCACGGCGGCCAUCCCGACGUCCUUUGGCAGACAGCACUGCGAUCGCCUCGCCUCCCAAGUCUAUCGCCACCAGCACCACCACAUCCACCACCACCACAUGGUCCAGGCACAACAGCACCAGCCGUUUGCGGAGGUGCCUGACGACGUGCGUGACCACCAACAGCAGCACCAGCACCAGCAUCAACACCACCAACAGCACCAGCACCAGCCCCACCACCAGGGCAACAGCGUGUUGUUCCCCGUCGCCACCACAGCCGCCAUGCCGGGCGAUCGCUUGCCAGACUUCAACACGCACCACCCGCACUAUCUCGACGGCCACCCUGCCCCGGGCAUGCCGCCGUCCAGCCUGUCCAGCAUGGGCCUCCCCUUUGGCGUCACCGCCGCCGCCGCCGCCCCAACGUGGUCAGCCAUGCCCCGCAUGCACCCGUUUGAGCUGCAGCAUCCAAUGUGCGAUCAAUCGCUCCUGCACCACCACCACCGCCACCACACGCUGUCUGUUACAGAUGCGCUUGGGUUUGCGCGUGCCGAUGACCCUAUUGCGCUGCCAGGCUCCACCGGCAUGCACCCUGCCCACGACCACGCCCUGCCGCUCGACACGCACAUGCAGCACGUGCCUGCCGUGGACCUGCCCUCAGCGAGCGCGAUGACUGGCGGCAGGAAGGAGAGCGAGGGCGUCCCCGAUACGGAUGACAGCGGAGAUGAGGGCGACGUUGACGACAGCGGCAGCGACGCUGACGAGACCGCCACGACGCACCCAUCCGCGCGCCGCAAGCACGCUCGCCGCAACAAGUCCCGCGUCCCCCAGCGAGCAACUGGUACCAACACCCACAAGCGCGGCGCAAAGGCCACGCAGCAACGCCGUGCAAGCGCGCGGAGAACAGCAAGCUGCAGUGCCGAUACGCCCAGCGCAAUCAACAACACCAACCACACCGACCGAACCAGCAGCAACCACCACACCACCACAAACACCAGCACCAACAACAACAACAGCAAGAGGAGCAAGAGCGUGAGCUGCAGCAUGGCCGUCAAGGAAGAGGCAGAGUGCGGGCCCGUCCUCAACGUAAAGGAGGCGCGCGAGCUCAUGUGCGAGGUGGACCGCAGGCUGUCGCUGUUUGGGCUGCGCAGCCAGAAGCAGAAGGCGGCGUUCCUCACCCAGCUGGGCGUGGUCAUCUCGCAGCAGCACUACUCGUCUAUUCUCUCCAGUACGCAGACGAACCGGUGGUUUGGCGGGCCAAAGGCCUCGCACAAGGUCAUCCGCAUGCACGCCGCCGUCUUCGACAUCACCGAGGAGGAGCGCGUGAGGGUGGCUGCACAGGUCGCUGAGAUGCAGACAGAGAUGCGACGGCGGCGCAGCAGCAGCAGCAGCAGCAGCGGAGGGAGACGUGCGUCGAGCGGGCAGCCGAACAUGGCAUCGCCCUUCCCGCCUGCAGCUGUGCCCAACUUGCUCCACAUCCACCCGCACUUUGCCGCCAACAUGUCAACGGACACUGUCGCAUGCCCGCAGCACGCGCCAACAACUGCCAGCGAUAACGUUGCGACAAAGCCCAAGCGCCCGCGCAAGAUGCCGCCCGAUGUCUCAAAGCAGCUGAGGGAAUACUUCUUCCGCGUCAACCGCCGGCCAACCCGGAGCGACAAGGAGGCCCUGCUGCGCCAGUUUCCCAUGCUGUCGCUCAAGCAGCUCAACAUCUACUUUCAGAACAUGCGCGCCCGCAACAAGUCGCACAGCGAGCACACGCCGCAAUCCCCGCCCACCUCGUGGUGAAGCCGUACACAAACACAUGCACACAUGCGCAUUGCUGUUACCAUCGCGUGCGUGUUCUUUUCAGUUGUUACAGUUACAACGACUUUUCUUUUUGGGAUGGUUAUUUGCUUUCUUUCUUGUUUCGUUUGGUGUUUGGUGCUGUUGGUGUUGGGAACUGUGUUUCAUCAACGUGUUGGAGUGUUGGAGGGAAUAAAGCCGUUGUUGCAACGUG